GGAUGAGCUCAUCGUUUAGAAGUCAGUUUGUGAGCGCAGAGUGAGGACAGAGGAGGCAGCAGCAGCAGCAGCAGUGGACAGAAGAGAGUCUGCAAACCUUGGACUGAGACCUGAUCUGGGUUCUGCUAUACUAAGAGGACGUGACCAGUAACAGGGACACUUAACAAGAUGGUGUGGUCCCAACAGAGCGAUGCGGAACGGCCUGGACUCUCCGUCAUCCUCCCGCAGCUCUACCUCGGAGCAGAGAGCGACGUGACGCAGGACCGGCUGGCCUCUCUGGGUAUCUCCUAUGUGCUGAGUGUGAGCCGCUGCAGCCCCCAGCCCUCCUUUCUGCCUCGCUCCAGAUAUCUUCGUAUCCCCAUUGACGACUCGCUGCGGGACAACCUGCUGCCCUGGAUCCCACAGGCUCUGCACUUCAUCGAUGCAGCCAUGUCCUCCGGUGGGUCCGUGUUGGUUCACUGUGCAGCAGGAAUCUCUCGCUCCCCGGCCCUGGCUGUAGCCUACAUCAUGUACAGCCUGGGAAUGGACCUGGACCAUGCCUACAGGUUUGUGAAAGAGCGACGGCCCUCCAUUUCCCCAAACUUCAACUUCCUGGGUCAGCUGCAGCACUUCCAGGGCACUCUGAGCCAGAAGGCCUCCGGCGGCGACCUCCUCAUCCAGCAGCAGCUGGACAACCGUCUGUCGUCCAUCAAUGACGUCGUCAACCACGCUCACAUCAGUCAAAACAUGAAUUAUCAGGCUGACGGCAUCGCCGGCGAAUCAGCAGAGGCCAAACAGGCCCACAAAGAGAAUUACUAUCACACAGACGAAACACAGCAGAGACGCCCCCGUUUGGACGGAGGAGGCGGUAACCAGCAGCUGUCCAUGUCGGGGAAACUUCGGACUCUUCAUUUGCCUCUUAAUCAAAUCCAGACGCCGUUUGAAGUCCCAGCUCCGAGCCCCCGUGAGCCAGUCAAACCAGCAGCCCCAACGCCCACGCAACUCCAACUCCCAGCAGGCUCUGCUUCUCUAUUGGAGAAACGCAAAAGCCUCACCCUCUUUUUGACCCCUUCGGGAAUCUGCCCUCCCUCCUCAGCAAGCAGCAACCUUCAGCAAGCAAGGGGGGGCACCACCACCACCAGCACAUCCACAACCGUCCACGCUAAGGAAACGGGAGAAAAGCCUGAGACAAAGACACAGAGUACCACCGGCUCCCACAGGCAGGCAGGGGACACCCCCAGGGAGCAGAGGCCCCCCCACAGCAAGUGCAGCCCAGCAGAGGUGAAGGAGGAGGGCCUGGCGUCGCCGUUCAGCUUCACCCUCAGCAAGCUGCUGGACUGGGGGGAGAGGGUGCUGUUGGGAGGGAUGUUCGUCCACCCGGUCAGGAUGGGACAGCCCGCUCUGCCGUACAGAUGCUGAGGGUGCCUGGGUGGGGGUGUUGGGGGGGGGUCAGGAUAAGGUUAAGGAUGCUUGUUGUGUCUGUUUGUGUCUGUGCAUGUUUUGUCAAAUUACCAUGUGGUACAUACCUACUGAAAGAACUGUUCUUCUUCUAUUUAUUAUUUAUUUAUUUAUUGCAGAGCUGAAUAUAAGAACCAUAAACCUCCACAAAAAAUGCAUCUUGUUUAUUAUGUAUUGACACCGGUCAGCUUAGCUUGACAUUUGUAUAAGAUUCAGUUAUUUUAAAAGACUUUUGGCACAAUGGCUUGAGAUGUAUUUACUGAAUAAUAAAAGAUUACAUUUCA